AUGAAUCAGCUGUUCAAUGAAGCGGCGCCAGGAACCAGCCCUCAGUGUGGUCCUGUGUUGAACGAGCGGAGGUUUCUCCCCAUGGAGCACUUAUUGUUUCGUGUAUGCGAUCCAGCCAAGUACAUAUUGCUCGGACAGCUAAACCAACUGAGGAAGUCAACGAUGUCCCUCAACAGGAACAGCGUUCAGAAAGUACAGUUGAACAAUGAGGAGCUGCAGAAGUUACUGAAUAAAAUGUCCAGUGACGAACGCAAAGAGCUCACUGACACCCUGAAACAAUGCACCACUGAGAUGACCAUGACUCGUGGUGUUCCUAUUACCGCUGCAGUGCUUGGCUCCUUGUACUAUGCUCGAACACGUCUACCUCCCCAGUACCACUUUGGUCCAAAAGGUUGGCCAUUUUAUGCAAUCAUGGGUAUCGGCACCCUCACUACCGUCAAUAUCCUUUCGAUGGGAAAGUGUCGUGAUCGCGUUCAACCGAUUAUCGGUGAACUGUGGCAAAAGUACAAUACUGGUCAGUCCUCAACCAACUAUGACGCGAUUAGGCGGCGUCAUCGUGAAGAGUACGGAUUUACAGCUCCCACUACUGCACAACUACCAAGAAAGAUUGACGACAUGCAGACCUCCACUGAUCGUACAUAUCAUGAUGAAAAUGACAAUCGUCUCCCCGGACUGUUGUCCGCCUCUCGCCUCAUUCAUGGGAACUCUCUUUUCAUGAAAAAAGAUCAUCGUCGGUGGACAUGGGGAUCGCCCAGUGGCGCGACUCGUGCGGAGAUCGACCACAUACUCACCAACCUGGUUGUGAUCACCGUCUCCUCCGUGCGAAAAUACGGCUUAGCCACACGAUGGAAAAAGAACAUCUGCUAUCGGCAACGAAGGAGAAAAGAAGUCGUCUACGACGAUUGCGUACUCGAGGAUUCCUUGUCCCAAGGUGACUGGCACAUCGAGGAGGAGGAGGACCCAAACGUGGACUACGAGAUGCUGCUCAGAGGAUUACAAGCCUGUGCUGAGCGUGCCUCGAAGCCGCGCACGACAAACUUGGAUCGAAUUUCGAAGACCACCAAGGAAUUGUUGGAAGGAAGAAGGGCUUUGAUCCGGCUUGAUCCGAAUGCAUCGCACAUUGCGCGGUUAGUAGCAAACACUAGCUGCAGAAAAGCGUUGCAGGAGGAUCUUUUGAAAUACAGGCAGAAGAAGAUUCUGGAAGCAACACAAAGAAGAACGAGUCUAAAGAAGUGCCGCAGGGAUCUCCACGAAUAUAAUAUUCCGCUAGCAGCCUUGCUGAGCGAAGACGGGACUCGCACGUCUUCUCGUCGUGAGAUGGAAAUCAUUACGGAGAGGUUCUACUCGAACCUUUUCCGUUCAUCAACUCCUGUGUCAAGCCCGAUCAUCCCCACUGGUGAAGCUCCACCACGGAUUCUCCCUUCGGAAGUACGAGUCGCUAUCAAGAGCAUGAAACCUGGCACAGCCCCCGGACCUGAUUUUAUAUCAGCAGACUUUCUUCGUGCUGGUGGCCAUCCGCUUCAUGUAAUCUUAGCAGCGCACAUGACAUCCUAUCUUCAGAAAGAAAGGAUCCCAGACCAGUGGAAGACCUCGCAAACCGUUCUUAUCCAUAAGAAAGGUGACCGAGAGGACCUUCGGAACUACCGUGCGAUAUGCUUGCUGAGCGUGUUAUACACAGUAUUCACCAAGAUCAUCCUCACGCGCAUAUCUAGGACGCUGGAUGAAGCCCAGCCUCAAGAAAAAGCUGGAUUCCGCCAAGGGUUCAGCUGCUUCGACCACAUCCAGACCGUGCCGAGGGUCAUAAAGGUUUGCCGGAAAUACCGCCUGCCCCUUGUUCUAACCUUCGUCGACUAUGAGAAAACCUUUGACAGCAUAGAAACGAAUGCAAUACUGUCAGCGCUGGUCGAUCAAGGUAUGGACGCGUCGUAUGUGAGGACAUUAGCCAAUUGCUACGAUCGAUGCACGACUAGGAUACAGCUUUUCCAUAAUUUAAUAAUAAUCCCUCUCACCAUACCCAUUGGAAACGGGGUACGCCAAGGCGAUACUAUAUCGCCGAAGCUGUUCACGGCUGCAUUGCAAUGGAUAAUGAAAUCACUAUCCUGGGAAGAAAGGGGCAUACAUGUUGAUGGAAGAUUUCUCUCGAACCUUCUUUUCGCGGACGACAUCGUUCUCUUUUCGAGCAGUACCAAUGAAGCAGAAACGAUGCUCAACGAAUUGAACGAAGCAGGGAAGAGAAUAGGACUGCGAAUAAACAGAAAGAAAACACAGUUAAUGAAGAACGCCUACUGCGAGGACGGAGGAGUACAACUUGAAGGCUCCCAAAUCGAAGAACUAAAUAGAAGAAUGUCAGCAGCAUGGGCAGCAUUCGCAGCCGUCAGGGAAGCUACGGACCAACUCACGGACCAAGAUCUUCGUGCCUAUCUGUUCGAUUCGACAGUUCUUCUAGCGCUCUGUUACGCAGCGGAGACGUGGGCAGACACCGCUGCCACGUCUAGGAAGCUACUUACUACCCACAGAGCCCUUGAGAGAUGUCUUCUGAAGUUUAACCGGCGCACACAACACCUGGCCGGUCUUUGCGACUCCGACUUGAGAGGAAUGCCCCAUCUUCGCGACCCGGCGGAAUAUGUAUCGAAAGCAAAACAUAGAUGGGGAGAUUCGUAUGGCCCUGGUACUGAAUCAGGAAUUCCUUCAACUGAAUUAUCUUCUGAUAAGUACGACAAGGUGUUCGACUUCACUACGGAACCCACCGACAAUUCGCAGCUAAAGAAAACAACCCCACAAAAUUAUAUGUACGGUAUGGAGGAACCGGUCUACAUGUCUGGAACACCCACCGCUUCACAGGCAUCUCAGCGAUCAUCUGAAUUUUAUCGGUGA